AGGUGAGCUGCUGCACGGGUGACCAGCGGGAAACCUCCUCCUCCUCCUCCUCCGGUGUGUUUUUAAGUGUUUAACGGCAGAGCCCGAGGGAGAAAUGCGGCCGUCGCGUUAUAAGGGAGCCAGCUGUCGCGUUCGUGUUCAGUGUCAACAACAGUGAGACUCCCGUCAGCUCGUCCGCCGGCAGCACCGAGGAAAUCACUGGGACUAUGAGAGCAUCAUGCUGGCGGUGAGAUGCCUGCUGUUCGCUGCAGCGUGUGCAGGCUGCGCCGAAGCAGGUUUAAGAAGAUGGGGGAGUCUGGAGGAGAAGCUGCCUCCUACUGAGGAGGUAGUUCAACCCAAGAGGCUCCUGCAACAGAUCCACUCUGAGAAGGAGCUGCUGCACAGCCACCUGGACACCAGGGUCAGAAACCUGCCAGCUGGUAUGCAGCAGCCCAUCCAUCUGGCCCAGAGUAGCUUCUCUGUGGAGGCUUUUGGCACAUCCUUCAUCCUUGACCUGGAACUCAACCACAAUCUCCUUUCUACCAACUAUGUGGAACGUCACUUUGAUGAUGGGCAGCUGUCACAGAGUUUGGGAGGAGAGCAUUGCUACUACCAUGGUCAAGUAAGGGGUCUGCCGGGUUCAUGGGCUGCUUUGUCUACCUGCGAUGGUCUGCAGGGGAUGUUUUCUGAUGGAAACUUUUCCUAUGGAAUUAAACCUGUUGGCAGCAGUGACAUAGACCACAUUGUUUAUCGAAUGCCUGGCAUUGACCUCUUCCCACUCCCCUGUACAGGUUGCUCCCUGAGCAGAACAGCGUCUGAGCGGCAGACAGAUGGCGGCGAAGGAGACGACAAGGAGAAGGAUGGAGAUGAAGGCUCUAAAGAAAAGAAACCUAUUUUUGCAAAAGGCCUGAGACGCUCCAAGAGACAAGCGAGGCGAGGACAGCGCACCGUCCAGACUGAAACCAAGUACAUCGAGCUGAUGGUUGUCAACGACUAUAAGCUGUUUGUGCAGUUCCGUCGCUCAACCACUAAGACGAAGGUUUUUGCCAAAUCGGUGGUGAAUAUGGCUGAUUUGAUCUACAAGGAGCAGCUCAACACUCGCAUUGUCCUGGUGGCCAUGGAAACCUGGUCAUCUGAAAACAAGAUCGCCGUUGGUGACGAUGCCUUGCUCACUUUACGGGACUUCAUGAAGUACAGGAAGGAGAGCAUCAAGGAACGCUGCGAUGCCGUGCACCUUUUCUCUGGCAGGACGUUCAUGGGCAACCGCAGUGAGGCAGCUUAUAUUGGCGGUAUAUGCUCACGGACACGGGGAGGAGGCAUCAACGAGUUUGGCAGUGUCGGUCCAAUGGCCAUCACGCUGUGUCAGAGCCUCGGGCAGAAUAUCGGCAUGCUGAGAAACAGGGACCAAACGGCUGCAGGAAGCUGCAGAUGUCCAGACCCGUGGCUUGGCUGUAUCAUGGAGGAUACAGGCUACCACUUGCCCAGGAAGUUCUCCCGCUGCAGUAUCGAUGAGUAUCUGCGUUUCCUCCAGCAGGGAGGAGGCAGCUGCCUCUUCAACAAGCCCACAAAGCUGUUGGACCCCUCAGAGUGUGGUAAUGGAUAUGUGGAGCUGGGAGAAGACUGUGACUGUGGAUCACUAGUGGAAUGUGCUCAGAGAGGAGCCAACUGCUGUAAGAAGUGUACUCUCACCCACAAUGCAAUGUGCAGCAACGGGCUCUGCUGCAGGGACUGCAAGUAUGAGCUCAGAGGGGUGUCGUGCCGUGAAGCUGUGAAUGACUGUGACAUUCCAGAGACCUGCGCAGGAGACUCCAGCCAGUGUCCACAUAAUGUCCACAAACUGGACGGAUACACCUGUGAUGGAGGCCAGGGCCGUUGCUAUGAAGGGCGCUGUAAGACCAGGGAUGGCCAGUGCCGGGCUCUGUGGGGCUACAACUCAGCUGACAGAUUUUGCUAUGAAAAGCUGAACUCUGAGGGUACGGAGAAGGGGAACUGUGGUCCAGACCCCAGUGGCCAGGGAUGGAUUCAGUGCAACAAACAGGAUGUUCUAUGUGGGUUGCUCCUUUGCACCAAUCUUACUGCCCAGCCAAGGUUUGGUGAACUGCAGGGGAGGCUCACAAGUCUGACUGUCCACCAUCAGAACAGAUACAUGGACUGCAGGGGGGGUCAUGCAGUGCUGGAUGACGGAUUGGAUCUGGGCUACGUAGAGGACGGGGCACCAUGUGGGCCAAACAUGAUGUGUUUGGAGCGACGCUGCCUCCCCGUGACCACCUUCAAUCUCAGCUCCUGCCCGGGCUCUUCAUUCUCCCGUAUCUGCUCCCAUCAUGGAACUUGCAGCAACGAGGUGAAGUGUAUCUGCGAUCCAGACUACACCGGGAAGGACUGCAGUGUGUUCGACCCAAUUCCCACCUCCAUCUCACCAGAGGGUCCAGAGAAGUACAAAGAAACAUCCGUAAAGGAAGAUCUUCUGGAGUUUGAGUCGUAUCUCUGCUUUCCUGUCUUGCUCGCAUUGUGUGCAGUCCUCUCCGAGGAGACAGAGCAAAGACGUCUUCCACGGACGAGCUGUCAUACCUUCUCUGUUUUCUGCUUCCUUUUCUGCCUUUUUCAGUCCUCUUUCGGUAUUUUUCUCCCUUUUGGAUAGUAAGUACAUCCAAACACCCGCAGAAGCCCUGAAGAUGCACAUGGUCAGAUUCUACUGGAGACGGAUGUCAAUCAUUCUGUUUUUGACAUCAUUUUUUCCUGGACAUGCACACAGAGACUUUUCAGAUUGUACUUUACAGUCUUCUGGUGUAUGGACUGUUAUCAAACUUGACCUUUAAGGGGGUUCAUGAACCUUUCUCAGUGUGGACUUUAGUUCAUGAAUCUUUGUUGGACCUCAUGGGGAACAAAAACGUCUCCAACCAUCACUAAUGUAACUUCAGCUGCAAUAGAAGUACACAAGUAUCACUAAAUACUGAAUCUGGGCUUUCUUCUGUAUAGAUUGAGCCCAUUUAUUAGACCUUUACAUUCCACAAUAAUGGCCAUAAAUUCUCCUCUCAUGCCUGUCUUUAUCAGACAGCAGCCCGUCGGUAGUAAACGACACUCCUGAUGCAUGACUCUAUAGUAGGAGCUUGCAAGGAAGCUUAUGUCUGUGCUGAUGACAUACGAGUGCUUUACUGCAGCCAUGUCAGAUGGACAGCUGCAAAUGUACGCACUGAAUGUUUUACCCCGCUGUAUACUAACUAAUUCAUAUCCAAACUAUAUGCAUACAAUUAUGCUGAACAUGGGUGCUGUAGUAAAUAGUGUACCGCCUCAUUUAGAAAGCAGUGACUCACUGCCACUCUGAAUGAAAGCACAAGUCUGGAACGAGACUCCUCUACGAGUGGAGAUGUAAUCAGUGAGAGAGAAUGCAAAACAACGGAUAAAAUGUGGGUUGUCUGUUUCAUACGUGCCACCGGAAAUAUUCACAUUUAGGGGAUAAACGUUAGAAGUAACAGAGAUUUCUAAGACAGUAUUUAACUCAAGUCCACAGGUAUGAUGUUUGUUACUUACUUUUUAGGCCGCCCACGCAAGAGCGUUGCAGCUACAGCGACAGUGGGGGUUUCUGAUGCUCUUCUUCUGAUUUCACAAUUAAACAAUCAAACAUAUCUCUUCCCAUGAGGAACACAAGAAAGCCGGGUGCUUUGAAAUCACAAUUUGAUUAGCUGAUGCUUGCAUCCACACCUGAAAAGUUUAGCUUUUUUCAACUUGUGAUGGGGGGAACAACUCUAACGCAGUGGACCCACAAUUCAGUUCUGCAGUGUUUGACAUCACCCCGUUCAAAGUCAACGCAUUAUGUGUGAGUGGGAUGUUACUGUACAACUACACACUUAAGCUGAGGAAAACAAAGAAAUAGCAAAAAAAUGUAGUAUGCGCUAAUCUUUAAAUGCGUUCAUAUUAUUUAAUCAGGUGUGAACAGGUAAAGAUUGGCAAUAAAUAUGUAUUUUAAAAGAUAACUUCUGAAAUAUGAUUACAGUGUGAAAAAUAACAAAUAUCAGAAGUUAUCACCUUUCAGAAAAUAAAUAGUCCAUUUCUGCAACUUUUAUGUGCAUCACUUUCUCCAUUUAUUCCAUUUGAGUGCGUUUAAUCGGAUUCAGAGGAUGAUAAUCCAGUAGAUGUGAAGUCUUUUACCAAUAACGAUGAGAGGACAGGACAAUAGCACAGACGUCACAAGAAACUAUCCAAGUUACACUGCCAGUUAACCUUCAGUAGCAUUAAAGGAAUAUGUUGACAUUUUAAUUUGAAGGGUAUCAUACAGAGCACUCUUUAAAAUGUUGGCGUGUUAAAUGAAGUGCAAUGAACACACAUUUGCUUGCUCAGAAUUUCAGUGCAGAGUAAAUUUAAAAUGUCAGCAUAUCCCUUUGACCACGUAUUUAAAAUAAACUGAAUUAAAACAAAAAACAGUCAAAGAACAGACUCGGCUGAAAGCUCAGGUCACACUGUGUUUACUGCCACUGUUUGUCCUCACGUGUUGUAUAUGGACUAAAUAAAAGAUAUCGUUCACUGACUUUCAGUGAAAAUACUAAUGUAACUCUAUAUUAAAACUUAUCUGA